AUGGCGAACAGACAAGAACUGCUGGAGAAACACCGGCGGCUCGUCCGCGCACUGCAACAGCCCAAGGCAAUCCUACUGGAAGGCCCGCCGGGGCUUGGAAAAACGGCCACUGUCCAAGCUCUUGCAAGAGUCAGCAAGCGGCGUCUGUUGCGGAUCAAUUUGUCUGAGCAGACGGACCUUUUGGAUCUGUUGGGUUCCGACUUGCCGAUGCCUGGCAGUGAUGUGGCAGCUUUCCGCUGGAGUGAUGGAGCCCUCCUUCGAGCGCUGAAACGUGGAGAUUGGGUCCUGCUUGAUGAGAUCAACCUGGCACCGCAGGCCACGUUGGAGGGCCUCAACGCCUUGCUGGACCAUCGCAGAGAGGUGUUCUUGCCGGCAAUUGGGCAGACGGUGUCCGCUCAUGCAGGCUUCAGGCUUUUCGCGGCUCAGAAUCCAGUUGCCACAGGAGGUGGACGGAAAGGGCUUCCACGAUCAUUCCUGAACCGCUUUACUCGUGUCGUGCUUUCUCAGCUGUCACCACAGGAUCUGCGUCACAUAUGCGAGCAUGCCCAUGGCAACGCUCUGGGAAAAGAAGUGGUGGACCAGACGGUCCGACUCGUCGAGGAGCUUCAAGUAGCAUCGCAGGGUGCAAGUGAAGAAGGCGGGAGGCCCUUCGAAGCACACCUGGACUUUGAUUGGAAUCUACGCGAUGCCUUGCGGCUUUGCGAGCUUUUGCGUGCGAAAGCACCUUUGGCCCAUCACUGCCAGGCCUCUGCGGAGCUUCUCUUUGUGUCCCGUCUUCGCUGUGACACGGAUCGUGAUGUGGCACGGCGUGUGAUCUCCAGGAUCUUCCCGCGGCCGGCCGCCGAAAGAGAGAAGCAUUUCCCUGCGGCGGCCUUGCUGCGCAUCGGAUGCGGCUUCGGCCUGGAGGAGGUAUCACCAGACGACCAGGCUUCUGAUGUGGGCAGCAGGACUCCGGUUCUCUGCCUCGGCAGUCACAGCCUGCAAUCCCAACCAGGCGGUUUACAGGUCGGCUCGGCACUGCUUCAGCAACGACUCCGAGCCGAGGACCUUCGAGGCUUCAGCGCCUCCGAGCACCUUCGCCACGUUUCGCAUCUCACAGCUUUGGCAGGUCAGCGAGAUGUUGUCCAUGCCAUGGCGCAUGCAGUUUCGGACGAGCUGAAAUUGCCCAUAUCUCCGAAAGCCUCAAGCGGGGACCUUUUGGCCAUGGGAGAUGAGUCCGACGAAGCCAUGAGAAGUACGAAGCGCCACCGCCAGAAUCCCAAGGACAUUUGGGGAAACAUCGGUGUGCUGCUCGAGGGCACAUCGGUCGUCAAACUCUUCUGCAGAGAGCUGAAGCCGAACUAUUCGAUGCCUUGGACGACCAAAAGGCAGCAGUCGUCAACUUCCACUGCCUUCGUGUUGUGUCUUCAAGAGCGGCUGCUGCUGACCAAUCGGCAUUGCGUGGCCCAUGCCAGCUGCAUUGAGGUGCGGAAGCGUGGGGACGACCAGAAGUACGAGGCGGAGGUCCUUGCCCGAGCGACGGACUGUGACCUGGCCUUGCUGACGGUGCGCGAGGAGGCUUUCUGGGAAGGCGCCACUGCGCAGACUCUGUGCAACGAAGUUCCAGCUCUUUUCUCUGAAGUGGUCUGUGUUGGGUAUCCCACCGGCGGGGACAACUUGUCCGUGACCAAAGGUGUUGUAAGCCGGGUGGACUACGAGGACAACCCAGAUCCUUGGCGGAAUCGUUUGGUCAUCCAAAUCGAUGCAGCAGUGAACCCUGGAAACUCGGGAGGGCCAGCGCUAGUCGCAGGAGGCUCCUGUGUGGGUGUUGCCUAUGAAUCCCUGAAGGAUGGCUCCACGGAAAAUAUUGGCUUCAUAAUACCGGUCAGUGUGGUGCAAAAGUUCUUGACAGCCUGGCGAAGGCUUAAGUCCGCUGCGCCCGUUGCGAGUACAGAGUCCGAGGAUGUUCCGCCAGUACGAGUCACGGCUUUUGGGCAUGGACGUUUUUCUGCCCAGAAGCUUGAAAAUGCAGGUAUGAGACGUGCCCUUGGCUUGGCCACUGGGCAAAGUGGCCUUAUUGUCAAGUCGGUAGAUCCGACAACGGUGAAUGCCAAAGUUCUCCAGAAGGGCGACGUGCUUCUCUCGCUGAUCGGAGUCCCAAUCGGCAACGACGGCUGCGUUCCAUUCGUUUGCGGGUCUUCUCGCCACGAUCGUGUCCCCUUCCCGUACGUUGCCAUCGAAAAGUUUGUCGGCGAACAGCUCGAGGCCGAGAUCAUGCGUGCAGGUAGCAAGCUGUCCAUCACGCUGCAGCUCUGCCCGCAAGAGCCUCUGGUCUCCGUUGAAAAGGAAGCUCCCUGGCUGCUCGAUUACUGCAUAAUCGGUGGCCUCGUGUUCGUGGUGCUGUCUCAGCAGUACUUGCGUGCCACCUUCGGCGACAAGUGGCGCAAAGAGCGUUGCAAUGGGCUUUCAGAGAUCAUGGAUUCCAGGGAGCGAGAGUUCCAGGACGAACAGGUGGUGGUCCUUUCGUAUGUUCUCGCACACACAGUCAACCUGGGCUUCCAGGAUGUUCGGAAUGCACGCCUCAAGGCUUUUGAGGUGGAUGGGGUGCCUGUGCGGAUCCGCAAUAUCGCACAUUUAUCAAAUCUGGUAGAAGCUUCCAAAGAGGAGUUCCUGAGAUUUGAGCUGUACGGUCGGGGUGCCGGCUUCCUUCCCGAUAUUAUUGUCUUGGAACGAUCCGCGGUUCAAGCUUGCGAGGACGAAAUCCUCCGUCGCAACAAGAUUCCAGCGGCAAGGAAGAUUUCCAAUUCGAGCUGA